GGGCUGUAACUAAUCAUCUAGAACCUCCAUAGUUCCUCGAUUUUUUUUAUCUCCCUUCCUCUUUUCACUUUCUUCAAAAUCACACAACUUUACUAAAUUCCUUAAUCCUGGCAAAAUCACACAAAUCAAUUUUUUUGAAUUGUAACCCUAAUCGAUUCUAUAACGAAAUCGACCAAUUCCAUGCUUCGAUUUGAUUAGGGUUUUUCCCAGAAUCUGCGAAAUUGCCCUAAUUUUCAAUCGAUUUCGCAGAAAUUGGAAGAGAAAUCGAAGAUGAAGAAGUACGGAUUGCAAAUCAGAGCUCCGUCCCAGAAAAAACAAUCAUCAUCUCGACCUCCACUUCGACCCGCUUCAAUAUUUGGUGAAGAAGAAGAUCACGAUGUCGAAAAGGAGAUUUCUCGUCAAGCUUCAAAGACUAAAGCUCUUAAAGAAAUUGAGGAACAGCAUAAGAAAGCCUUAGAGGAGGAUCCUUCUGCUUUUGCAUAUGAUGAAGUUUAUGAUGAUAUGAAACAGAAAGCUGUUCUUCCUCGAAUGCAAGAUCGCGAAGAACGCAAGCCAAGGUAUAUCCAGCAUUUGAUGAAACAGGCAGAACGUAGAGAGAAAGAACAUGAAAUAGUUUACGAGAGAAAGCUUGCGAAGGAGAGGGAGAAAGAUGAACAUCUUUUUUCGGAUAAAGAAAAGUUUGUAACUGGUGCUUAUAAAAGGAAACUCGAGGAACAAAAGAAAUGGCUGGCGGAAGAAAGAUUGCGUGAACUUCGAGAGGAAAGGGAUGAUGUUACAAAGAAGAAAGACUUGAGUGAUUUCUACUUCAACAUUGGAAAAAAUGUGGCAUUUGGAGCUCGAGAUAUCGAAGCUAAAGAGGUAGAGAGACUCGAGGAACAAAGAAAGGCUGAGAAGCUCGAGGAACAAAGAAACGCAGAGAAGCUCGAGGAGCUGAGAAAAGAAGAAACAAGGGAAGAGAAGAAAAGAAAAUCACCGGAGAAGGAAGUGUCUCCUGACUCAAUAGAUUUUGGAUCUAGUCGUAGCAAAAGUUUGGAGCCACAAGAAGCAGAGCAAGCAGUUUCUGAAAAGAAGAUGGGUUCAGAUGGUACUGAAGAGAGAGACUCUUCAAUCAAAGAGGCAGCAAAAGAAGUGCCGAAAGCUGUUAACGACCACAAGAGAAGAGAGGAUGCGAUUGCUGCAGCGAAAGAGCGGUUCUUGGCCCCUAAACGAAAUUACGAAACCAUUGGCGAUUACUCUGAGAUGGAACCUUUUAGUGCAAGUUUUGAUUCUUCAAACCCAUUAGGGUUUUUGGAGAAAGUCCUUGACUUUAUUGGGAAAGAGAGCAACUUUCUGAGGAAAGACAAGGCUGAGAAAGAGAUCACCGAUGCUGUUACGGUCGUGAAGGAGAGGUUGAGGGAAGCAGAGAAGAAGAAGAUAACGGAGUCCAUGGAGGUGGAGAAGGUGAGAGCCUCGACGUUGCCGUUUAAUUCAAGUUUUGAUCUUUCAGACCCAUUAGGGUUUUUGGAGAAAGUCCUUGACUUUAUUGGGAAAGAGAGCAAUUUUCUAAGGAGAGACAAGGCUGAGAAGGAGAUCAUUACCGCUGUUACAGCCGCGAAGGAGAGGUUAAGGGAAGCGGAGAAGGAGAGUGUAAAGCAAGCAACAGAGAAGAUUAACAAGUACGGACUGCAAAUUAGGGCUCCAUCACAGAAAAAACAGUCAUCAUCUCGACCUCCACUUCGGACUGCUUCAAUAUUUGGUGAGGAUGAUGAAGACAACGAUGUCGAGAAGGAGAUUUCUCGACAAGCUUCAAAGACCAAGGCUCUUAAAAAGAUUGAGGAGCAGCAUAAGAAAGCUUUGAAGGAGGAUCCUUCUGCUUUUGCAUACGAUGAAGUUUAUGAUGACAUUAAACAUGAAGCAGUUCUUCCACGAAUGCAAGAUCGCGAAGAGCACAAGCCAAGAUAUAUACAGCAUAUAAUGAAACAAGCAGAACGCAGAGGAAAAGAACAAGAAAUAGUUUAUGAAAGAAAGCUUGCGAAAGAAAGGGCGAAAGACGAACAUCUUUUUUCCGAUAAAGAAAAGUUUGUAACUGGUCCCUUUAAAAGAAAACUAGAGGAACAAAAGAAAUGGCUGGCGGAAGAAAGAUUGCGCGAACUUCGAGAGGAAAGAGAUGAUGUUACAAAGAAGAACGACUUGAGUGAUUUCUACUUCAACAUUGGGAAAAAUGUGGCAUUUGGAGCUCGAGAUAUCGUAGCUAGAGAGGCAGAGAGGCUCGAGGAGCUGAGAAAGGCAGAUAAGCUUGAGGAGCUGAGAAAAGAAGAGGCAAGGAAUGAGAAGAAAAGAAAAUCACCGGAGAAGGAAGUGUCCCCGCAUCAAUCAAAGAGGCAGCAAAAAGAAAAUCCGAAAGCCACUAGAGAGGAUGCGAUAGCGGCUGCAAAAGAGCGGUUUGUAUCUCGUAAGAAGGCAAAGAUAGAGUGCAACUUGGCAGAUGUUACAAAGAAGAACGACUUGAGCGAUUUCUACUUCAACAUUGGUAAAAAUGUGGCAUUUGGAGCUCGAGAUAUCGUAGCUAGAGAUGCAGAGAGACUCGAGGAGCUGAGAAAGGCAGAUAGGCUCGAGGAGCCGAGAAAAGAAGAGACAUUGAAAGAGAAGAAAAUAAAAUCACCGGAGAAGGAAGUGUCCCCUGACUCAGGAGAUUUUGGAUUAAGUAGUAAAAAAAGCGUCAAACCGCAUCAAUCAAAGAGGCAACAAAAAGAAACGCCGAAAGCCACUAGAGAGGAUGCGAUAGCGGCUGCAAAAGAGCGGUUUGUAUCCCGUAAGAAGGCAAAGAUAGAAAAGUAGUAGUGCAACUAGGCAGAUGUCAGUCCAACGGUCACCAACUUUUGGUGAAAACUUGUCUUCCUGAUUAUCGAUCAACCUUUGUUUAAAAACUUUUCUAGAUAAAGCUUACUCAAUUGU